AUGCAACGCAUUCUUGCUAGAAGUGGUGUUGAAGUGCCAAGAGAGAUUUGGAAGCUGAAAGCCUUGCACACACUGCGUACUGUGGACGUAUCAGUGGGGAAGGCUGUUCUACAAUCUAUAAAAAGGUUGACCCGGUUGCGCAAGCUAGGAGUGAAAGGCAUCAACAAGAGAAACGGUCAAGAGUUGUGUUCAGCAAUUGCUCAUCUCAGGAGCCUGGAGUCAUUGUCACUGCACUCACAUGGAGAGACAGGUUUAUCAGGCUGCUUGGAUGGCCUGUCUUCACCUCCAGAAAACCUGCAGAGCCUCGAGUUGGGAGGCAACCUGGUUAAGCUGCCGGAGUGGAUCCAGGGCCUAAAAAAUCUCGUGAAGCUAAAGCUAUGGAGGUCGAGGAUAUCGGAGCAUGAUGCGGCCAUACAAGUCCUCGGGAAUCUACCAAACCUGGCUACCCUACGUCUAUUGGAGGAGUCGUUCGUUGGUGAAGAGGUGUGUUUCAGUUUCCACCGGGAGGCAUUCUUGAGCCUGAAGGUGCUGCAGCUUGAGUGGGUAAGAAUCACGUCUGUGAGAUUUGAAGAAGGAGCAUCCCCAAAGCUUGAGUUGCUGCAGUAUACGUGUUGGAACAGUAACUUGAGGGUUGGAAUUUUCUCUGGGUUAGCAUAUCUAACAAGUCUUAAGGAAUUUAUGCUGCGUAGAGAUAACCUGAGCAAGACUGAGUUCGUGGAGCACCUGCGAUGCCAGCUCACAGAGAAUCAAAACGGGCCCGUUUUGAAGUGUUUGUAG